UAGCUGAUCGGUGGCAAUUAUAGUCGUUUGAAAUCGUUAAGAAGAUAGUUAGCUGCAGAAGAGUUUUAUUUUUGCAAUAAAAAGCAUUUGAACGUAAACAUAUAGAAGAGAAAAUGCCUGUUUUACGACUUGUGUUACAUCCAGAGAACUAUAUUAUGGUUAACUUGUGUCCUCUAUUGUAUUUGUCACUAUUGGGUAAAAUAAAAGAUCUAGAAAGAGCCAUAUGUAAUAGCAUUGAAGUACGCCAUUUGGAAACUGAUUUUUUAUAUCGUUGUAAAGCUACAAUGUCCUUAUUACAUCAAGGAUUUGGAUGUAAACAUAUUUUAAUGAAGAAAUCAAACCUCAAGCAUUCCAGCUGCUAUUUAAAAGAAGCUUUAUAUUAUGAUUUUGGUACUUUAAGUUUUGAUAAUGCACCUAUUCACCAAUGCAGAUUUCAUACUAUAAAUGAAUUGUUAAUUUUUAUGCUGAAAUAUGUUUACUCAGAUCCUAGUGAAAGAUUAUCUUUGGCAAAAUGUUUUAAACUGUUAUGGAGAAUUUUGCCAUUUUCUUAUAUUCGAGUUCAAGAAAUACAAAACUUAUUUCAGUUGGAGAAUAAUAAAGAGUUAUGUUCUUUUAAUUGCCUUGAAACCUUAAAGCAUUGCUGUCAAGUUUAUGUCAAGGAUUUUCCCUUCAUGUCUGUAGGAGAAAUCAUGCCAAGAUCUCUAGAGCAUUCAUGUCGCUGCAAAAUUCGCAAAAUUCUAAUGAGGAACAAACGAUGGCCAGAUGGAAUUAACGAGUUGCAGCUUCCAGCUGUUUUAGAAGCUUACGUUAAACUUAGAUGCUGAUUUU